CCAAAGCUCACUCUCGGGUUUGGUGAGGUUGAUUGUAUCAGCAAAUUUGGAUGGAGUGCGUGGUUCAGGGAAUCAUAGAAACACAGCAUGUUGAAGCCUUUGAGAUUCUUCUUCAGGGUCUUUGUGGUAUUCGCAGAGAACCUUUGAAGGUCCAUGAGAUAUGCCUUAAAAGUGGCCCAAACUUAGGGACUGUACCUUCUGAGGUUCGACUUAUUUGCAAUCUUGAAGAAACUAAACCUACAUGGACUGUGAGGUUCGUGGGGGGUGCGAUGAGAGGUGCAAGUGCUGAGCAACUCUCAGUUUUAGUAAGAACUGUGAUCGAAAGCAAAGCAAGCAAGAAUGUGCUUCGCUUAUUUUAUGCACUUGGCUACAAGUUGGAUCAUGAGUUACUGAGAGUCGGUUUUGCGUUCCAUUUCCAGAGAGGCACGCAGAUGACUGUGACUGUGACUGUGUCAUUAGUUAAUAAGAUGCCACAACUACACAAUAUAGAUGAAGCUGUCCCUGUAACUCCCGGGAUACAGUUGGUUGAAGUUACAGCCUCUGCAUCAUUUGAAACUUAUACUGAAGUUGCGUCGACAGUGUCAUCAUUUUGA